UCUUUCUCUUUCCCUUUCUCUCUCUACUGAUCUCCCUCUUCGUCUCAUUACAAUUUUCACCAAUUUCAAUUCCCCCGCCGAAGCAGAACUCGUCGGGUCUUUUGAUUUUGAAUAAACCCAAAAUGAAGCGAAAACCACCAAUGCUUCUCUUCACUGUUUUCAUCGCAUUUUCUUGUCUCAAGUCCCUACCAAUACUUGACGCAGAUUUAGCCUCAGACAGGGCUGCCCUGCUUGCUCUCCGUCAAUCCGUUGGCGGUCGUUCCCUCCUCUGGAAUAUCUCCGACAGCCCUUGCACAUGGCCUGGUGUGACCUGCCAACAAGAACGAGUCGUCGAGCUGAGGUUACCUGGAAUGGGUCUUUCCGGUCAACUUCCCAUUGGAAUUGGCAACCUCACGCGGCUCAACACGCUCUCUCUCCGCUUUAAUGCUCUCAGGGGUUCAAUUCCUUCAGACAUAGCUUUACUUGCUUCUCUGAGGAACCUCUACUUGCAGGGGAAUCUCUUUUCAGGUGAGAUUCCUGAUUCUCUGUUCUCUUUGCAAAACCUUGUUCGCCUCAAUUUGGCCAAGAAUAACUUCUCCGGCGUGAUCUCGCCGAGCUUUAACAAUUUGACCAGGUUGGCUACUCUGUAUCUGGAGGAGAACCAUUUGACCGGGCCGAUCCCGGAUUUGAAUUUGAAACUUGACCAAUUUAAUGUUUCGUUCAACAAUUUAACUGGGUCGAUUCCCGAUAGUCUAUCGAGCCAGCCUGAUACGGCUUUUGUGGGGAAUUCCCUUUGUGGGAAGCCUCUGGUUUCCUGCAAUGGGACUGUUGAGAGUGGAAACAGUGGAAACAAAUUGUCUGGUGGGGCAAUUGCAGGAAUUGCGAUUGGAUCAGUAAUUGGGUUUUUGUUAAUUUUAAUGAUAUUGAUAUUCUUGUGUCGAAGAAAGAGAUCCGACAAAACGAGUUCUAUGAAUGUUGAGCCGGCACAGCAAACCCAGAUUGAGAUGCCACGCGAAAAGGAUGUAACUGAGAGUGGUAAUGUGAAUGUGAGUAGAGGUUUUACUGGCGCUGUAAGAGCUGAAGCUAAGAGUAGUGGAAGUAAGAAUUUGGUGUUUUUCGGGAACUCUACACCAAGGGUGUAUGAUUUGGAGGACUUGCUGAGGGCCUCCGCGGAGGUUUUAGGGAAGGGGACUUUCGGGACUACUUAUAAGGCGACACUAGAAAUGGGAGUCGUGGUGGCAGUGAAGAGGUUGAAGGACGCGACGGUUUCAGAGAAGGAAUAUAGGGAGAAGAUAGAGAUGGUUGGGAAAAUGGAUCAUGAGAAUUUGGUUCUGCUGAGGGCUUAUUAUUAUAGCUGGGACGAGAAGCUUCUUGUUUAUGAUUUCAUGGCCAUGGGAAGCUUAUCUGCACUUCUACAUGGAAACAGAGGUGCUGGUAGGACUCCGUUGAGCUGGGAGACCAGGUCCGGCAUUGCUCUUGGAGCUGCCAAGGGUAUUGAAUACAUCCACUCGCAAGGCCCUGCAAGCUCCCAUGGUAACAUCAAGUCCUCAAAUAUCCUCCUCAGUAAAUCCUUCGAAGCCCGUGUGUCUGACUUUGGCCUUGCACAUCUUGCGAGCCCUGCCUCCGCCCCUAACCGUAUUGACGGCUACCGUGCCCCGGAGGUGACCGAUGCUCGUAAAAUUUCUCAAAAAGCAGAUGUCUACAGUUUUGGGAUAUUUUUAUUGGAAUUGUUAACUGGGAAGGCUCCUACCCAUGCCCUGUUGAACGAAGAGGGGGUAGACCUUCCGAGAUGGGUCCAGUCUGUGGUCAAAGACGAGUGGGGUUCCGAGGUGUUUGAUCUUGAACUCCUCAGGUACCAUAAUGUUGAAGAGGCCAUGGUUGAACUUUUACAACUUGCAAUCGACUGUACUGCUCAAUACCCUGAUAAUCGCCCUUCGAUGACCGUGGUGAGAAGCCGAAUUGAGGAGCUCAGCCACAUAAACUCGCAAGAAGAGCACAUUGCUGCCAACGAUACAUACUCGGUCGAUUCAGGUGCACCCCCACCUUCAUAAGGGACCGAAAACCAUAUAAUUACUGCACAAAGUCACUAUGAUUAUUGCUUAAUUAAUUGGAGACUCAAUUGUUUGUUCAUUCUUGGGUUCAAUUCUUGAGAACCUGUGUUUUCUUCUAUUCUUUCUUUAUGCUUUGUUGCUUUUUCUUUUUUUCUUUUUAAUUUUCCAUAACAUCAGUUUUCUUUUUCUGUAAUUUGAGCUUUUUGUAUUGUAUUGUUUGGGGGAUUUCAAUUUUCUUUUGCCCGUUUGAAUAACUGUCAAUAUACAGUAGUUCUUUUUUUUGGUU